AUGGCGGAAAGUGUAGACAAAUUUAUUCUCGAUGAAUUUGUAGAAAAAAAAGAUAUUUUGGAAAGUUCGGACCUACAUAAAUUUUAUAAUAAUUUAAAAAAAUAUUGGGAUAAUAAAGACACAACUUCUGCAAACUGUACUGAUAAAAAAGAUCUAAAGAUUUGUUAUCUUGGUAAAACCCUUGAAAAUAUAGUUAGUGAUUGGAAUAGUAUAUGUUCUUUAUCAGUUAAAAAUAAUGAUAAGUGUUGUUGUUAUUUGACUUACUGGCUCUAUGGCUUAAUUGUUAAAAUUAACCCCAGUAACUUUCACCUUAAUAACAUUUAUAAUAAGUUAGACAAUUUUUUUGAAAAAAUUAAUUGCUCUUGUGAUACAAACAAAAUAUGCACUAAAAAAAAUGUAAAAAUAUUUAACAUGAAAGUAUUAGAAAAUAAGAAAGUGUUAUAUGAUUUUGCUGAAUAUUACGACCAUUUAAAGAAUUUGUUGAGUGAGGCAGAUAGUGCUAAUAGGGAUAAAAAUUGUGAAUACAUUAAGAAAUUUUUUCAGUUAUACAGAAUUAUGCAAUUGCAUCAGCAUUUGAAACUGACUAAGCAUUAUUGCCUUGAAAUAAAACAUUUCAAAGAAAAAUUUAACGAUGAUGUUUUGUCAUCAUUAGAACAGAAGUGUCCAGGGAAAGGAAUAAAAUCAUUAUUCAAUGCAGCCAAUGUAACGGAACAUUCAUCAGGAAAACAAUUUAAGAAUACUGCCGAAAAAAUAAUAGAACCUCUGAAGAAUAAAGAAGAUAUAAAGAACAUCAUUUUAAAAUAUUUACCUUCUAAUACUAUAUAUGAAGAAUUUGACAAAACGGAUGACCUAAAUGAUUACAAAGAAGGCUGUAAAAAGACUUUUAAACCUGAAAAUGGAAAAGAUAAAGAUGAUAUUACAGAUUUUUGUGAAAAAUUCACAAGAAAUAUGAAAAAAAAAAUAUAUAUUACUCCGAGUGAUGGAAAAAAUCCAAAAAAUCGUUGUUCUUAUUUUACACACUGGACAUAUGAAAAUAUACGGAAAAUCUUUCCCACCUUGAAUGAUACUAAAAAAAAUAACGUAAUAAACAAACUUAAUGAAAUAAUGCAUGAUAUUAACACUUCCGACUUAAAAGGAAAGCCUUGUUCCUUCUAUUUCGAUGGCACUCCCAAUCAGUGGGAGGAAGAAAAAUAUUUGCAUGAUUAUUUUACGAAUCAUGAAAGCAUCAAGGAUAAAUAUAAUUCUAACGUGAGUGAAAAGAAGACGUUCUGUGAAUAUCUCAGUUAUAUUUACAAAUUAUACGAAAAAUACAUAUGGAAAUGUUGUACCUAUUUUUAUAGAGGUAAUAGUUGGAAUUUAUGUCCAAAACAUUUUGAAUGCGAUAGGAAAUAUAACCCCUUUAAGCUAUUGUCUACAUUGAAAUGCGAAAAUGAAAUAAUCAGUGAAAGUGAAGAAAAUGCGUAUGAUACUUUGAUGAUUGAUCGUGAGGUUGUGUUAAAAAGUCAAAUAAUUCCAUGCAAUAGUUUAAUUUGCGAUCCUUUCUACAAAUUCGCUAUGGUUCCCCUUGCCUUUUUAGGAUUAUCAUCCGUUUUUUUCUUGUUUUAUAAAGUAAACAUAAGUAUCGUUUAA